AUGACCCACGAAAGUCAAUGGACUAAUGUUCCUGUUAUGACCCACGAAAGUCAAUGGACUAAUGUUCCUGUUGUGACCAAUGAAAGUCAAUUGACUAAUGUUCCUUUUGUGACCCACAAAAGUCAAUUGACUAAUGUUCCUGUUGUGACCCACAAAAGUCAAUGGACUAAUGUUCCUGUUGUGACCAAUGAAAGUCAAUUGACUAAUGUUCCUGUUGUGACCAAUGAAAGUCAAUUGACUAAUGUUCCUGUUGUGACCCACAAAAGUCAAUUGACAAAUGUUUCUGUUGUGACCCAUGAAAAUCAAUUGACUAAUGUUCCUUUUGUGACCCACAAAAGUCAAUUGACUAAUGUUCCUGUUGUGACCCACAAAAGUCAAUGGACUAAUGUUCCUGUUGUGAUCAAUGAAAGUCAAUUGACUAAAGUUCCUGUUGUGACCCACAAAAGUCAAUGGACUAAUGUUCCUGUUAUGACCCACAAAAGUCAAUGGACUAAUGUUCCUGUUGUGACCAAUGAAAGUCAAUUGACUAAUGUUCCUGUUGUGACCCACAAAAGUCAAUGGACUAAUGUUCCUGUUGUGACCCACGAAAGUCAAUGGACUAAUGUUCCUGUUAUGACCCACGAAAGUCAAUGGACUAAUGUUCCUGUUAUGACCCACGAAAGUCAAUGGACUAAUGUUCCUGUUGUGACCAAUGAAAGUCAAUUGACUAAUGUUCCUGUUGUGACCCACAAAAGUCAAUUGACUAAUGUUUCUGUUGUGACCCAUGAAAAUAAAUUGACUAAUGUUCCUUUGUGA